AUGGCCGAUAUCUUGGAAACCGACCCAGACUCGACAAUGCAGUCCUCAGAGGAGGAGGAAGCAGAAGUGCUUCCAGAGUCUCUGGUUCAAGGACGCGCAAAGCGAAGUACUGCAGGUCGACACAUGUCCGCCCUCAUCGAUGCCGCCGCCGCCGAAGAUGAUGAUCUGACCUUACUGUUCGAGGAAGUGGAAGAUGACAACGAAUUUGCAAUGGAUGAUGGUGCUGAAGAAGAUGAUAUGGGGCUGGACUCCUCAUCAGACGACGAGGAUGACCAGGGCCCCAAUGCGAACAACGACUACGAAGGCGAGAAGGAACUACAAAAGACAGAGCGCAAAAAGCGUCGCACACAGAAUGACCUCCGCUUUCAAACCCUCCGAAAACGCGUCAAGAUCGAUCCCACCGCUACAACUACAAUCCCAGCACCUCCCCGCCCUAAGAAGAAGUCGGAGCGAAUCUCGUGGCUCCCGACCGUGGAAGAUGGUCCGACACGAUCAUCGUCACGGCGACAGACGAUGGUUAAUAAGGAAAUGACACAUGCUCGUCUCAAGGACAGCCAGGAGAAAAGGGUCCGUAUAAUUGCGACCAUGAAGGAGGCGGAGAAACGCAAGGCCCACCUCAAGCCGAAACAGAUGACACAAGAGGACCAUUUGGCGGUGGCUGAACGGAUCGAGCGAACCAAUAGCAAGAGUUUGAAUCGAUGGGAACAAGCAGAAAGAAGGAAGGCAGACGAACGACGGGCGAAGAUCGAGGCACUUCAGAACCGCCGACUGGAUGGACCGGUCAUGUCUUACUGGAGUGGAUUGGCUACAUGGGUGAAUGGAAAUCUCACACGAGUGGGCCAGGCGGAUAUCAAGGUCAAGGAGAAGGAGGCGCCCAAGAAGAAGAAGACAGACAAAGAGGAAAAAGCAGAGAAGGUAGAGAAAGCCACGGAACCUCAGGGCAUUAGCAGUGCCCCAGGAACUGUGCCUCCUACCGAUGUCUCUGUUGCUUCAGCAGCGCCUUCUCUUGCGCCCGCUGAAUUAACCCAUACACCAUCUCAGCCUGACGGCACGUUAGCUCCAACGGUCCCCGAAGCCAUUACAGCCCCCGAACCUGUUGACCAGGCGAACCAACCAGACGACAAAGCCUCGAAGCAAAUCUCUCCCGAUCAGUCAACAGUUCCAACAACGGAGUCUACUCUCCAUCAAGAAAAAGAUCGGGAGAAUGCCGAAAAAAAGCCAGAAGCAGAGCCAGAGCAGAAACAGGAGAAUGCCAACACACCUUCAGAACCCCCGCGAAAGUCUCCCCAAGGGUACCCCCUACCUGUCGUGGAAAUUGUGACUCGACGUGACCCUGGUAGCGCUCCCAAGACCCCAUCAUCUGAUGAAUCGGCAAAGUUGCCGCCUACGAAUAAUGAGGAUGUCAUGGACAUAGAUAAGCCUGAGCCCCAGGCAGGCGAACCAACGACCAAUGCCAACCCUCCCUCUAUAAGCACAGACACACCACGGGCUUCAGACGUAGCCCAGAACAAUUCUACCAGUGUAUCAGGGCCCUUGGCGGGGCAGGAUACAUUGCAAGCUGUGACCUCUGUGACCACACCAUUGGCCCCUCAGACCCUUCAAACCCCUCAAGCACCCGCCGAUGCAGCAGCCCUGCCCGCGCCACCCGAGAUUAAUGCCAUCGAAGGCCCAGUCCCUGGCUUAGAAGGCCCAAGUCAACCGCCUGCAAUUAAUGAAACAUCAGCCCAACCUGAUGUCCCAUUGCCGCCACCAAUCAUUGAAUACACGGGGCGCAACUUGACGAUCCUCGAGAAUUUUGAUGAUAAGACAGCGCACAGCAAGAAGUACAGCAUCUACUUCAAUGCCAGGCGGCCUGCACGACUAGCCAAGAUCUCGUCCUCCUUGUGUGUCAUCACGUCAUUACCAUCUCGCUAUCGUGAUCCCGAGACCUCUCUCCCUUAUGCCAACUCUUUCGCGUACGGGCAAAUUCGAAAUCUUCUAUCGAAGGGGUACAUCUGGAGUGCCAUGCUAGGUUGUUUCGUAGGACCAGCAGAAACUGCCGCCCGCGGUGUGCCCGCCCGUUUUCUCGGUAAAGAGAAGGGUGCGGACGAACAUAAUAAAGAGCAGACCCCGGCCGAGUCUGCGGACAAGGCGGAACCAGUCAAGACCACUGCUACUUCGGCCGAGCCGAUGGACGUUGAUCGGUGA